AUGACGAUCAGAGCAUUGAAGACGGUGUCUACCGGCCGUAAUGGCCUGGGCUCUUUCAUCCUCCAGUGCAAGAAGCUGGACUUUCACUACUGCGACUGGGCCGGCAGCUCCAAGGGAAUGAACGGCUUCAUCAAGUCUCAGCUUCCAAAGUUCGCCGCCGCAAACCCCCAAGUCGAGUUCACCGUAUCGCCCCGUCCGUCGAAACACCCCAUCAUUGUCGGCCACUACAUCAACGGCCGCGAGAAGGCCAUUUGCGUUCGGAAUAUGGAGCCAAUCGAGAUCUUGAAAAAGGCUGAGCUUCUGCGCGACGCCAACGGAGAGAAAUUGAAGAGGGUCAACAAGCCGGUCAACAGUAUCAACCCCAGUGUCAGAGGUGUCUGGAGUCCUUACCACGGAAAUGGCAUGGCUGUAUAA